AAAAUAAUAAAAAAUAGCAAGAAAAGCAGCCAAAACUGCUGCCAUCUCUGUGUGCUAAACUGCAUUUCUUAAUUCAACUCGCGGCCCUCAACUGCAGCAGUAUAUCAGUAUUCCAUUUUGCUUUCUCCCCACCACCGAAACAACUAAAUCUGCAUCCCCAGAUUCUUCUUAAAUUAACAACAAAGAGAAAUGGGAAUUUCAUCAGAGAUGACAAGGGAGGAUUCAUGGGCAAAGCGAAGGGAAUCUUUGUUGAUUGCUUCUGCAUAUGAAGAGGACAGAAUUCGCAAGUCUAGGGAAUGUACUCAAGAGGGUGUCCGUGCAGGAACUAAAGCAGCCGCAGUUGCUUGUGUUGCUAGUGCUAUUCCUACGUUGGUUGCUGUGCGGACAAUUCCUUGGGCAAAGGCAAAUCUCAAUUAUACUGCUCAAGCACUCAUCAUAUCUGCUGCUUCAAUUGCUGCGUACUUCAUUACUGCUGACAAGACAAUCUUGGAAUGUGCAAGGAGAAACACUCAGUACGAUAAAUCUGCUUAAGACACUGGCUGGGAGAUCCUAAUGUGUAUUUUGUAUGUGCUCCAUUACUAUGUACUCUGUCUUAAAAUGAUAUCUAUGAAAGUUUUAUGAAUUUCUUCAUCUUUGCACAAAUGUACUAGUUUUGGUUUGCACCAUAUAUGAGUAAUUUUCUUCUUCCUGUGCUUGUGGAGAUUGAAUAAUCUGCAUAUUAACAUCAGAUUUGUGAGAUUUGGUCUUUGAUGAUCAUGGUAAAUA